AUGGCAGCAGUGACCAAGCGGCCCAGGAGUGGCCCAUGUGCACCAGUGGCCACGGUGCUAGAAGGGCCUGGGAGAGACCCGUGCAAGCCCAUGGCAGCGGCGGCUGAGUGGCCCGGGAGUGGCCCAUGUGUGCUGGUGGCUGCGGUGCCAGAGGGGCAUGGGAGAGACCUGUGUGAGCCUGCGGCAGUGGCGACCAAGCGGCCCACGUGUGCCCACAGCAGUGGCAUUAAAGGGGCAUGGGAUAAGCCUGCGCACACCUGCAGCAGCACCAGAGAGGAUCGAAUGCGGCCCGCAUGUGAUGGCAGCAGCGGAAACGAGGGGCGGUGGGCACUCGCUUGGAAGGCUGCGGGAGCCUUGGGCAGAGUGGGGGGCGGUGCAAAUGCUCGCCGCGGGGGCGAAGGCGGCCUGGGGAGCCUCGCGGUGGGGAGGCGGCCGGCGGCGGCCAGGAGUGAUGUGGCCAGGCUGCGUCGGAAGCGCUGGUGGCAGCGGGCCCGGGAGGCGAGCUCCUGAGCGCCGCGGCCAUCCCCGCAGCCGCCGGCGCCCGCAGCAGCCCCCAGUGAGAUGGACCUGGGAGCGCAGUGGGAGCGCUGGGAGACGUCCAGUAAGAGGCAGGGCCUCAGCGCGCAAGGAGCCGCCAAGUUCCUGCUGGACACCUUCGAGUACCUGGACCUGGUGUAUCACAUCGGGGGCUGCCACUGCGGCGCGGUCCGCUUCGCGGUCUGGGUCCCUGAAAACCUGCGCAUGGUGGAUUGCAGCUGCUGACUGUGCAGGAAGAAGCAGCACCGACACUUCCUCGUCCCGGCCUCGCGCUUCACGCUGCUCCUAGGCGCCGAGAGCCUCGUCACCUAUCGAUCCCACUCGCACCCGGCGCUGCACAGCUUCUGCAGCAGGUGGGGAGCGCAGAUUUUCCACGCGUCGGUCUCCGACCCCAGGGUUUAUGGCGUCGCCCAGUGCCUGGACGCGGGCACCGUGCGCAGCGUGGUCAUUGAGGAGGUCGAUGGUGGCAACUGGGGGAAGGAGGUCCCCAAAGAGUACAAGGCCAUCCAGAACGUUUACCCCGAGUGAGCCCCUGCCUCCCCUCCAGGGCCUGGUGCUGCAGCAGGCCUGCUACGUGCCCAAGUGCCCCUCGAGGGAGCCACCUCAGUGCUUGUGAAAGGAUCAUUGUGUGAAAGAGGUCUCUUUCUGGGCUGGUGAACCUGUCAUGUCUCUCCAAGCUUCUAGCCUUUCCCUUUAGUGAUUUCGAACAGGUUUGCUUAUAAUCAAAACUGAGCUCACAUUUGUCUGUGGACAACGGUAGGCUCCCAAUGCAAUAAGCAAGUAGGGUCUCCACUUUUCAAGUCCUCUUUUACAGCACUCAGUUUUAUUAUUCUCCUUACAGUUUUCACAAAUCAUUGGCAGAUAAUUCACAUAUACUGUACGCUUAUGGUGCUCUUGUGAACAGGAUUGUUUUUAACAGUUGCAUCUGGUAUAUAGGACAUUACAUUCAAACAGUUUUGUAGACAUUUCUUAGGACAAGUUCUAUUAAUUAUCUGUGUGUGUGUGUGUGUGUGAUGUAUGCACUCCACAUUUUUGGUACUUAGAGAUAUGCAUCAUUUUGAGCCACAUUGUUUAUUUAAUGUGUUUUUAUAGCAUAUGUUUAAGAUUUAUUAGUGUUGCAUACCUCAUUGUGCUUAUUUUUCCAAUGAAGUUGGCAUUUUGUGUAGUUUUGUUUUAGAAAUUCCCUCUGGGUAGGGGGACCGAGGAGACAGAAGAAUGAGGAAGAUAUCUGUGUACUGUAUGCACUCUCUGAUGUUUUGAA